AUUUCCAGAGCCUUCACUUUUUCCCAAAAGAAAAGGAUCAGACAAAUGCGAUACUGGUCUCGCUAUGUCUAUGAUUAUGUGGACCGAUAAAUACUUUUUUCCAGCAAUUCACCGGUCCGUCUAUACCUCCAUUAAUUCCUCAACUCCCGGAAUCUUUACCACCCCUGAAUUUCUCUCCGACCGUUCCUCGCUUUUUGGUCAACAGGUGGACCUCCAAAAACUCAAGCUGGACCGUCCCCAAGUACUUGAUCAAAUCCGUUCUAGUUUUGAAUGGGUUGAACAGCAACUAAAUGAUGGUCGUGAAUGGUUCCUCGAUACUACAACUCCAGGGGUAGCCGACAUUCAGAUCGCAAUAAACUUAUUCUUUCUUGGCAUUACCAGAGGUGCCAGUGAAUUAUCUGCCGACAAGAAUUAUCCUAAGGCUUAUGAAUGGUUUGGUAGAUUUAGAAAGUUUAUUAAAGAAAAUGAAAGACCUCCGGCUAAUAUUUCGGCCGAGGAAGCGUUAGAGAUCGCAAAGAAGUACAAACCAUUGAGCGCUAGGAAGGCCCAAUUGGAAGAUGAAAAAGACUUAUAUAGGAAAGUGGGUGACUAUGUCAGAAUUGAGCCAGAGGACUAUGGGAAAGUUCCGGUGAUAGGAAAGAUUGUUAGUUUGGGUAGUUCGCAUGUAGCUGUUAGACCUAACGAUGUAGAUCAAACGGGUAUUGAGGUGGCGGUUUGGUUUCCUAGAAUUGG